AUGAAGAGCUUGUCAGGAUUAUUACUAGAUAAUUCUUUAAAAGAUUUUGAUAAUGAAUGUUUAGUAUUUGCAGAACUAUUAUUGGAAUCUCAAGCAUUCAUUCGAGAGGUUGAAGAACCUUACAGUGUUAGUUUAAGAGACGUAAAGAGAGCAAUUACACUUGUGAAGUUUUUUGCAGGAAGUUUACAAAAUCGACCACAAUUGUACUCUAUGAGUAAAACGUUUAAUCGCAAAAAAAUUAACGUUGAUGAGAAG